UAUUUGCCAGGGUUCACCUGCCACCUCCUCCUGCGCGGCUGUUUUCCGUCCUCCUGGGGAGGGGGCGUGGCCAGCACCACGGCCCGCCCUAUCUGUGCACUCGUUGGUCCAGCCCGACGCCCGUUACUGCCGAGGCCCGCCCAAACCACGCCCCCGCGGAGCGCGCCGGGCCGAGAGAAGGCGUAGCCAUUGUCUGGCCGGACAAGCCAGACCGUGUGCUCUCGUGAGAACCGGGACGCGCUCGGAGACUCGCACGGCCCGCGGUCGCGCGCAGCCCCGCCCCCCCGGCACGCAGGCCCCGCGCGAGCUCGCGCACGCGCGCACCCGCCAGGGCCUCGGUCUGGCCCGCGAGGACUGGCGGGCCGAGAGCGGGCCGCUGAGGUGCGGGGGAGGAGACCGAGCCGCCGCCGGCGCCGAGGAGCAUGUCUGCAAGUCGGGCCAAGAAAGUGAAGAUGGCCACCAAAUCGUGCCCCGAGUGCGACCAACAGGUUCCUGUUGCAUGUAAAUCUUGUCCCUGUGGUUAUGUAUUUAUUAAUAGGAAACUUCUAAAAAUAAAACACUCAGAGAAAUCAUCACCUUUUACAGAAGUGAACGAUACCAUAUCUCUGAAAGAUUUGCGAAUACUUUUUUUAUAUGAAUUUAAAUUAGGACAUAGUGCAGCCAUGGCAAGUAGAAACAUCAAUUCUGUCUUUGGAGAAGGCUCUGUUAGUGAAAGGACUGUCCGGUGGUGGUUUGAAAAAUUUCGUUCUGGUGAUCUGAGUCUGAAAAAUGAGCCUCGAGGGAGACCCAAAUGUGUUUUAAAUCAAGAUCAGUUGAGAGCUAUGGUGGAAGCUAACCCCAAAACAGCAAUUCGAGGCCUUGCAGCUGACUUAGGAGUUUCUGCUACAACGAUUUCUCGACACCUGGCUGCAAUAGGAAAGGUGAAAAAAUGGGACAGGUGGGUAGGUACCACACCAGUUGAGGGAUGAUCAUCAACUGAGAUGGUUAGAGAUAUGCUCAUCCCUUAAGAUUUGCCAGAGCAGAGAUCAAUUUUGGAGAGAAUCAUAAGCUUUGACAAAAAAUGAAAUUGAAAGUGAUCUGGACAAUGGUUGGAUGUUGAUGAAAUUACCAAACAUAUUAAAACCAUCAUUGCAACAAAAAAAGGUUCUGGUAGCUGUAUGAUGGUCUGCAAAAAGGAUAUUUCAUUACAGCUUUUUAACCCCGAUAAAACAAACAGUAGCAUCUUAUUGUCAAGAAGAUGAAAUUAUGUAUCAAAAACUGAUCUAAAAGCUUUCUGCAUUGGUUAGCUGACAUGGACCUAUGCUUUUUUAUGACAACAUUUAAUCACAGAAAUAACAAACCACCAUAGGGAAGUUAACUGAAUUGGGCUAAGAAAUUUUGCUACAUCCAUCAUACUCACCUGACCUUUUUUCAGCAGAUUACCACCUUUUCAUCAUUUGGAACUCUUUCUGAGAAACAGAAUGUUCUCCCAUUAAGAAGGAGUAAUUGGAGGAUUUGAAUAAG